UAUGGUCUUGUUAAUUGACUCCUCGGGUUCAAUCAAAGAUAAGGCAAAUGAUAGUUUCGUGAAUUGGGAUAUGAUGAAGUCGUUUACGAAGAGUCUUUUAGGGCGGAUGUCCAUAGGCUCUGAUCAGACAAGAGUAUCUACAAUAACAUUUUCCGCUCAACCCACUAAAGAGUUUGGCUUAAAUGAAUACUUCAAAAGAGAAGAAAUCGAAAACAAAAUAGACAAUUUAAUGUAUGCCGGCAGUAAAACAAAUCCUACGGCGGCCUUAAGAAUGGCUUGUACAGAGAUAUUAUCUAAAGAGGGAGGUGCAAGAGAUGACAAACAGAACAUAAUAAUCAUACUAACCGACGGAGAGUCGAAUGAAGGGGGAGAUCCAAAAAUUGAAGCGGAAUAUUGUAGAAAUGAGAAAGGCGUUCAUAUAUUUGGUAUAGGCGUUACGAAUGAUAUCAAUGUGGAGCAACUACAAUCAAUCGUUUCAACACCACUAAAGCGACAAGCAGCAAAUGCAAAGAUGACUGAAGACAAUUCAUCUUGGAAGAAACUCUUCUUUGAAUUUUCCCAAGAUACAACCUUUCACGGCGUAAAAUACAUCACAAAGCCAACUAAGUUUGAAUUUCGGAGCUAUCCAAAAGCUGUUGAUGUUGAAGUUAUUUAUACAAAACAAUUAGAUUAUCCACUUAUUACGUUUUGCAAUCAAAAUGUCUACAAAGCAACUGCAACUGUAAAACGUGGUGUUUUCGAUACUUUUGAAAGACAUUUUAAUAGAAAGGCAACUAAAAGAGACACAGCAUGCACAGAUGAUUUUAGAUUAAUCCUCAAUCGAAUUCUUCUUCAUCCUUCUAAUAAUUUUAAAUCGGAAACUCAUGUAAAUGUAACGCUUGGUGUUUGCAAAUAUACUUGCAUCAAUUUGGCUCUAAUUGAUUGUAAUUCAUUUCUGUACAUUCAGUCAAAUUUGACAUGUUUAUUACUUCAAGCUAGCCAUCAAACGCCAAAUAUUACGUUUCAAGAAUCUCAAGGCGUUGAUUACUAUUCAAGGUCAAGAUGCGACAGCAAGGAGAGUUUUUGCUCUUUCGAUUUAGACUUUUGCAACUUUUAUCAAGUGAAAAGUGAUGAUAUCGACUGGCAGAGAAGAAAACUUGGCAGUAUUCAAACUCUUUCGGGACCGGACAAAGAUCAUACAACUGGAUCCGGAUACUUUAUUUAUUUGGAAGGGGGGAAAGAACAACUGGGACGUUUAAUUUCGUCUUGGUAUUCGACCAAAAAUUGGAAGAAAACGUGCAUUACUUUCUAUUAUUUCAUGUAUGGAUCGUCAGUAAAUAAAUUACAGUUUUAUGUUGUUGACCCUGACAACUAUAGUUAUAAACUUUGGGAAAAAAUUGGUUGUCAAGGAAACAGAUGGUUUAAGGCAACGAUUGUCCUAGAUCUAGAGCUUUUUCACUUGAGAUUCGAUGGACUUUUGGGAAGGGGACAGCGUCAUAUUAUUGCUAUCGAUGAUAUCUCUGUAUCAAGCUGUCAAAAACAGUCGAGAGAUUGUAGAAAUGAUAAAACGGGAGAUUUAUACAGAGGAAAUCAAUCAUUUAGUAUAAAUAAUAGACGUUGUUUAUACUGGAAUGAUGUUCAUUCUGUCGAGUUGUUGUUCUUUGAGGACGAAACAAUUCGGCAGACUAAAAACUUUUGUAGGAAUCCUGGAGGUAGAAAAUCCGAACCUUGGUGUUUCGUACAACGAAACCCUCUUCUUUGGGAAUAUUGUAAUAUUCCUUUAUGCGAAAGCAUCGAUUCAACAAAUAAGACGAUUUCAAAAGUCGGCGCUAAAAAGGGCGCUGACUACGAAGUAUCGAUCAGCUGCGCAUUUGAAAAUUCAUUUAUUUGCGGUUACACGAUUGCUUCCGAUUCUGAAUCUUUCAUCUUUAAAUUGGAAAAUGGACGAUAUCUACAACUGCAUUUUGGCCCUGGAAUGGAUAGUACUUACUAUAGUCCUCUCAAAGGGAAUUAUCUCUACGUUGACAGUCAACUGGCCGUUGAAAAUUCCAAAUCGUGGAUUACUUCUCCUCAAAUUUUCCUUCGUCAAUUAUCGUGUUUGUCGUUCGUUUGUUCUAAGAAAGGACUAAACUCCCUCGACGUGUAUCUUCUUAAAGAGGGAAAUCUUCGAAUUCCCCUCUACGAAGUUGACGAGUCGACUGUUGGUUGGAGUGAAAAGACUGUUGCAAUUCGUUAUUGGCCAAAAAUUUCAUUCGGGUUGACGAGCAUAGUCUUUGAAGCUGUUCACAAAUUUGGAUACGACAACUCUUUGGCAAUUGAUGAUGUGAAAUUCAACGAAGGUUACUGUUCAAUUGCAGAAUGCGAAAGUGGGAAAUAUCAAUGCCAAAAUGGAAAAUGCAUUAGCAAUGAGCAAAUAUGCGAUGGAAUAAACGAUUGUUUCGAUAAUAGCGACGAAGAGAUUCCGUGUUUAACAAUGCUUGAAGUGUUUAGCUAUGGACCUCUUGUUACAGCCUCAGCUUUUUUAAGAUCACCAUUUUUGCUAACUUCAAAUCGGACGUGUGCUCGUUUUUCAGCAAUUUUUAGUCGUACGCAUUCGGCAACUUUAAAUAUUUAUGUCAAUUAUAAAACAAUGCCGACAAAGCUUGUUACUACAAUUACGACAGUUGGAAAUAAUGAAAUAUCUCUACAGACUAUUCCCUUACCUCCCAAUGUAGUAAUUUCGCUAGUUUUUGAAUCUCGAAUGGAUACUUUUGGACACAAAUUAUUAAUCGGAAAUAUAUCUCUUGAUCGCCAUUGUGCUAAUUUUGAAACUGCAAUUGGUUUAAACUGUACCUUUGAAUCAAAUAUACUAUGUGGUUACAUUGUUGAAUACCAAAAACACGGAUAUUCUUGGUACAGAUCCCAAACGAGUCUAGCGAGCAGUAGUGGGCCAAAAAAGGAUAACACUCUAAAAAAUAACCACGGCUUUUUUAUGCUCACUAAAGGUAUUGUUGGUGUAGAAGGAGAUGUUGCUAAAAUGACAACACCUGCUUUCAGCAUAACAAUGCCAAAACACGCGUUAAAUCAUGGAAACAGAUGGAUUCUUAAUGAAAUACUGAUUAAAAAAUCUCAAAAUACAUCUCUUAGAAUAGUCUUUCAAAGUAUUCGCGGUUUUGAUAGAAGUAAUCUUUUAGGUUUAGAUGAUAUAAGGCUCUACAAUGGUUUCUGCGAAACACUUAGAGAUAAAUGUAUUAAUUCAAGUUUUCAAUGCAAAAACGGAAAAUGUAUUGACAAGAGUCUGGUUUGCAACGGAGAAAGCGAAUGUUUCGACGGAAGUGACGAAAGCAAUUGUUCCGAUUGCCUACACGACAUUCAAGGCAGAUUCUACACAGGAAAACUUUCAACAACCGAAUCUGGAAAGAGAUGCAUGAGUUGGAAAGAGGCUGUUGGCGAAACGCAAACCACCAUCUCAGUAGAGACGGGAGAGACGAGUUUGACAGAAAUGACAAACUAUUGCAGAAACGUUAACGGAAAGAAAUCUCCGUGGUGUUACGUAUCAAAAGAAAGAUGGGAAUUCUGCAGCAUUUCCAAUUGCGAAUGCCGAGAAAAUCAAUACAGAUGCAACAAUUCGGCUUGUAUUUCUUCAAAACAAAGAUGCAAUGGAAUAUCGGAAUGUCCUCAUAAAGACGACGAAGAAUCGUGCAAUUCAACGAUAUCAUGCGACUUUGACGAUCCUUUUAUGUGUGGAUAUUCAAUAAUACCAUCCGAUAAUGGUUAUAGAUGGUUUAGAUUUAAUUUUAAAACGCCAUCGGUAAACACGGGACCACACGCCGAUCACACAACAAUCCAUAAAACAGAAAGAGGUUUUUACAUGUACGUCGAAUCAACGCAGGAAGGAACAUUUUUGAAAGGAGGGGAUGAAACAUAUCUACUAAGUCCUCUCUCUCAUAUUUACGGAAAUUUUUGUCUCAAAUUCUUUCAUCAUUUAAAAGGCAGAGAUAUAAAUAUAUUGAGAGUAUACAGAAAGAUUGGAGACAUAUAUUCUCCAUUAGGAAAACUAGAAGGUCAAUCACAGAAAUAUAUUUGGAAAUCAUCGGAAUAUACAGUCAAUAAAAUCACUCAUCAGAUAGUAUUUCAUUAUAUUAGAGGAGUUGAUUUCAGAAAUGACCCUGGUAUUGAUGAUGUUCUCCUAUAUCCUGGAAAUUCUCAUCGAACUUGUUCACAUUUUGAAUUUACUUGUUCCAAUGGCCACUGCAUCAACAACACUUACACUUGCGAUGGAUACGACAACUGUGGCGACUUUUCAGAUGAACUAGUCUGCGAAACGGAAUGCAAGAGAUCUUUGCAAGAACAAUGGUAUAUAGGGACGAGAAAUGUUUCGCAAACUGGCAAAAAGUGUCUCUACUGGAGGAACAUGUCAAACUCUUUCAAGAUUCCCUAUCGUUUCCCGGAUGAAAGUCUGCAAAGUGCGGAGAAUUAUUGCAGAAAUCCAACGAAUAGAACGUUUGGUCCUUGGUGUUACGUUGAUAAAGAGAGUGAAAUGUGGGAAUACUGCAAUAUCCCUAAAUGUUCAGUUUUCCAAAGUUGUCAGUCGAACGAAUUUCAAUGCGCGAAUGGAAUGUGCAUUGAUAAAAAACACUUGUGCGACGGAGUAAACGACUGCAACGAUAGAUCGGAUGAAAUGGAGAUUUGUGGAUCGGCGUACAACAUCUCGUGUGAUUUCAGUGAUCGUUAUAUGUGUGGCUACACAGACGAUAGUCCUAAUUGGAACUACAGAUUUCAAAGGAAAGGUUCUUUUGAUGGUUCAGUGCAAUCAGUAAUUCGGCUUUUAACUACAAAAUGGGAUGAGUGUUUUCAUGAGGAUACGGCUGGAAUUGAUUAUGAAGGAAAUGUUCAGAUUCGAAGUGAUGGAAUCACUUGUCAGAAAUGGAAUGUGCAAUUUCCUACUGCGCACGCUUUUUAUAUGAAUGAGUUUUUCCCUGAAAAAAGUGUAGCCAAAGCUGAAAAUUAUUGCAGAAAUCCAGCUGUCUAUGUUCCUGGAAAGAAGUAUUCUCUUGCUCCACAUUGCUUGUCGUCCGAUCCAGAGAUUUCCUAUUAUAGAUAUUGCUCUAUUCCAUUAUGCAAAAAUACAUUUAUAAAGACAAAACCAUCGACUGAACAAGGCCAAAUAGCCAAAUUCAACAGUCCUAAAAGUCAAGGCUUUGGAGACUCAUGUAUCCAAUUCGCUUACAUGUUGAUUGGAGAUGACGCCGGAUCUCUAAAAUUAAUGUUGAAUACUAACAGCACCACUCGUUUGUUGUGGUUUACGGAGGGUAAGAAGGCGUCAACUUGGAUUGAGGCGUCUGUUGAUUUCACAUCGAAUGACGAAUUCUAUUUGACUUUCCAAAGCGAAUCUGGAUUGAAAAGUCCAGGCGUCGCGUUGAAAUACGUGAACAUCAGACGAGACGAUUGCGUAGGAAAAUUUUCAUGCAAAGCUGAUUCGAAAUGUAUAGAAUCAUCAAAAGUUUGCGACCAUCUUGUUGAUUGUAUUGACGAAUCUGAUGAAGUUUCGUGUAAAUGUUUGGAUGACGAAUACAAAUGUAGGAAUGGAAAAUGUGUCAGUCGUAAUAAAUUACUCGAUGGCAUAAAUGAUUGUUAUGAUAACUCGGAUGAAGAUCAUUCAAACCUCGAUAGUCUAAUUAGGGAAAAGAAAAAUUGGAAGAAUAUAAAAAUGUUUGAAAAGAACAGCAAUUUUCUAAUUAAUCGAACCAUGUUUGCGGAAAAGGAUUGGGAACCAAAGAUAAAUGGAGCUCACUUUGUCAGAUUUCUCACUGAAAUGAGUCAUCAAAGAUCUGACUUAAUAUCAGAUUGCGAUUGGAGAGGAAGCCCGUGCAAGUACCAAAAUGUUAAAAUAUUAGAUAGAUUUACGGAUCAUGGUCAAUGCUUUUCGUUCAGUCGGAAAGGAGAUAAUGAUACUCUUCUCGUUACAGAAUCAGGUGCUCAAGCCGGACUGAGAUUAACUUUGAAUAUCGAAUCGUACGAAUACAUGAUUGGUCCUCACACCAAUAAAGGAAUUAAAGUUUACUUGCACGAUGCAAAUGAAACACCGAGAAUAAAUCAUUUAGGAUUCUCGUUAGCUCCUGGCUUUCACCAUUCUAUUGCCAUAAAGAAUACGAAGGUUUAUAAUCUGGAAAAGCCAUGGGGAAAUUGUGGUCGAAGUGAAUUAACACAUUUUGCAGACUACACUGCGAAUAAAUGUAAUCUGGACUGUACGAUUAAGGAUAUCUAUAACAAAUGUGGAUGUCUGGCUCCGUAUAUGAAUACUAAAUUAAAUAGGACUUAUUGUGGAUUCUAUGAUUAUUUUAAUUGCAUUAUUAAGGAAGAGGAAAAUAGUCAAAUUUCAUUAAAUAAUUCCUGUAAAUGUCAACAAGCUUGCUUCCAGAACGUUUACGAACCGGUUAUAUCAUCAUCGGCUCUUUCGGAUCUCAGUGUCGAGAGAAUCUUACAAUUUGAAAAUGAAUCUUUACAGAUAGAGUAUGAGAAUGCCGUGGAUGUUAAAGCUAGAUCAAGAAUUACGGAUUAUUCAAAUGAAAUUACCAUAUUUUUUACGUUAUACAACACUUUAGAUAGCGUUCAAGAAUUUUUUUUCAAUAAUAUUGCUAUAAGUGGAAUUGGCGGAAUAUCUAACAAGAUUGAAAGUGCAACAAUUUUCUAUAUGAACAAAACAAACGAAGAUUUAGGAAUAAUGAAAAAUUAUCUUCGUACAUCUAUCCAGAAUUUUGAAGACAAACUUUUGAAAAAACACCAAAAGUUUGAAGCCAGCUUCAAGAAUGUGGAAGAUAAAAUUGCGUUUUUCCGACACACCGAAUAUUCUCAACUAUUCAAUAAAACCAUUUUAGAAAAUGUAAUGGAAAAUUUAAUACAGAAUUUGAGUUCUUUGAUUUCCAAUGAAAGCUUUAACGCUAUUAAGUUAAAUGUUCGCAUCUUAUCAAAUUGUUUGAGAGAAACUGAAAAUAUACAAAUGCAUUUAGUGAAUUUAGCAACAAAGUUAUCGGAUAUGCAGCUAUACAGUUCUACAUUUCAAAAUUUAUCAAUUUCAGUAAGAAAGUAUUUAGGAUGCUUUCAAAAUAUUCAAAAAACCAUCAUAGCUGCUAAAAGAUCCAUCGAAAUGUUUGACGAAGAAUUCGAGACAUUUUCUAGUGAGAGACAAGAUAUGUUCAGCUUUCUACAGAAUUCCAACUACGAUCUUGUUAUUAAUAAAGAGAAAGCGAUGUUUGCAGAAAUUAUUCGUUUAUAUCUUUCCGGUCAAAGCAUCAUUAAACUCUCUCGAAAAUAUCCAACAGAUUUAUUUGAAAAAUCAAAGUUAAACGUGAAUUUCUUAAUUUCUCUCUUCAGAACAAAAUUCACUGAAGUAUAUAAAAUGUCAAUAAUACGUUUAAACAAUGAAAUUGUUAAACGAUACUCUAAAACUAUAGAAAUCGCUAAGACCCUGAAAGAUAUUUUAGGAGAAGAUAAGAUUAGAGAAAUAAUAAAUUCCUUUUCAAUUUGGAAGAGAUAUUCAUUAUCUCUAUUAAAUAAAAAGGUCACUUUUACCAGGACCAGAGAUAACACUCCUAUUCAAACCGAAGAUUUUAAAGUUAUUGGUGAGGUGAUAAAAGAUAAUGUAGGCCUAUAUUUAACGCCUAUUACGAAUAGUCUGAACCAUUUUCAAGAGUUGGUAGACGGCUAUAUAGUGAGGUUGAAAAUGUCGUUGGACGACGUUCUGGACAUGUUUCACAGAUAUAAAAAAAAGGCCGAGUUGGGUUCGGAUUUCGUUAAGGAAAAUUUCCUCAUCGUCGACGUUUUCUUUGGCGAAUUAAGCUAUUCGAAAAUCACGCAGAGAAGGGCAUUUAACAUCGAAGAACUCUUAGGCAACGUUGGAGGUUUUAUGGGUCUUUUAUUAGGAGCCAGCGUUUUAACCGUCUUUGAGCUAUUGGAUUUGUUAAUAUAUAACAUUUUGCUAAAACUUUCCAAUGGUAGUCAUACAGUAAAGAGUGAUGGUGUUGUUUUGGAAAAUGAACUAGUUAAAAAUAAUCUAGUUCAAAUGAAGGAAUUGGAAAAUUUCACAACAAGCUCUAUAAAGUAUGCAUAA